CAUAUUGUUUUUCUUUGAGCAGCUGAGUUUGACGGGCACAAACUUUUCAGCACCGUCUUCGUCGGAGAUAAAAGUAAAUCAUUUUGUUUUUCCAUCGGUUGGUUUGAUCCGCGGUUCCGAACAAUCCAAAUGGCAUCCAAAACCGGUGGCGUUACGCCUAUGUCCAUCGCGGGCCGAAUGGUGCGUGAAAGGGAGCGGCUGCUGAAUAUGACUCCAGAGGAGCGAAUGUGGCGUGCUCAGUGGUUGAAGGAUCAGCAUCUGUCCCACGACGAGCCCCGUUUCGUUCCCGAAUACUGGAGGGAGCGAAUAAAUCCAAUUCGUCGAGUCUACCGCGCUCCUCUAGACUUUGUGCAUAAAGCUCUGACACCGGUUCUGGGACACGAUUGGGCUUUUGCGAUUCGCUUCUGGACCGGGAAAAUUGCAAUGGGAGCGUUUGGCAUUUACGCUGGAUAUUAUUACUUCAAAUAUAAUCAAAAUGAUUGGACACGAAAAGGUGGAUGGCGUGUAAUUAGCUCUCGCCCAUCGGUAUUUCCUGGCGACAAAGAUUAUCCCAACUUCCCGGAACGCUCCAGCCCUAGUGACUACGCUGCCCGUGGCUUCAAGCAGUCACCAAUAUAAGAAAGAGCUUUCGUGUAGUAGAUUUGUGCAAAAUGAAUGUUUAUAAAGAUUGCCUAAAAUAA